GGAGUGGAAAUUGGAAAUUUUGACACAUUUUAAUAAAAUUUUGUAAAAAAGUGAUAUAUAAGAUUGGAUUUUAAAUUGUUUUAAUUAGUAUUAAUAAUUAGUGGGUGCAGAAGUCAUUAGUAAAGUGUUCACUACUGCCAGUAUUCAUCGUAUUAGUCACAUUACAUUACAUCAUCAUCUGGUGGAAUAAAAUAAAUUCGUACUUAUUUAAUUGUCAAUAGUUAAUUAACCUGCUUAAUUAAAAGUUAAUCAAAAAGAUAACAUGUCUCUUAAACAAACCCUUGUGUCACGGGAUGAUUCACAACAGCCGGAAAUAAAUGAGAAGACUAUUGCUGCUGCAGUUACGGGGGAAGAAUCGCCGGAUACUUUAGUUAGAAAGAAGAGAGCGAUUCCUAAAAAGAGACAAGACGUCCUCAAAUGGAAUGGAUGGGGAUAUAAAGAUUCCGGCUUUGUGUAUCGCGACGGAGACCUCCUAUUUUCGGGGGAUCGUUACCCCUUGGGAAAUUUGAUCCUGCCAUAUUUUACAAACUGGGUUCGUGACCGUCUCGGUGGGAAUUUUGCGUUGAAAGUGGAAUCCAUCGAGGAACCGGAUGACACAACUUUCCCGGAGGCGAAUGUCACCUCGGAGUUGAUAAGCAAGAUUGAAGAAAUCGGUGUGACAUAUUCCGUCCAGGGUGGCGACCGUCUCUUCCGAUCGCAUGGACACACUUUGCACGAUAUUUUCACCCUGCGGACGGGUAACUUUCCCCGAAUUCCGGAUCUCGUCGUGUGGCCCGAGAGUCACAAUCAUGUCGUCGCCGUGGUCAAUUUGGCGCAAACUUUGGGCGUCGUUUUGAUCCCGUAUGGCGGUGGGACGAGUGUUUCGGGGGCGUUGAGUGUGCCAGAAAAUGAAAGGAGGACCGUUGUUUCGUUAGACAUGUCACAAAUGAACCGAAUUUUAUGGGUGGACGAAGCCAACUUGAUUUGUUGCGCGGAGGCUGGAAUUAUUGGGCAAGAUUUGGAAGGACAAUUAAGAACGCUAGGAUUUACGACGGGACAUGAACCGGAUUCGUACGAAUUUUCAAGUUUGGGAGGCUGGGUCGCCACUCGAGCAUCCGGAAUGAAAAAGAAUACUUACGGAAACAUUGAGGAUUUGCUCGUCCACGUGAAAAUGGUCACGCCACGAGGAACUGUAGAAAAGCACUGCAAAGUCCCCCGAAUUUCUGCCGGACCAGAUAUCCACCACUUUGUCCUCGGGUCGGAAGGCAGUUUAGGCGUGAUUACAGAAGUCGUGCUCAAGAUAAGACCCCUCCCAAUUUGUAAACGGUACGGCUCCGUCGUCUUUCCCGAUUUUGCUUCUGGCGUCAGUGCCAUGCGAGAAGUUGCGAAGGAAAGAUGUCAACCCGCCUCGAUUCGACUCAUGGACAAUGAACAGUUCAAGUUUGGCCACUCGCUCCGAGCACCGGUCGGAUUUCUGGGGAAUUUAUCCUCCGCGGCUAAACAGUUUUAUCUGACCAAGUUUAAAGGGUUAGAUUUGAACCAGAUUUGUGUGGCGACGUUGUUAUUUGAAGGACAAAAACACGAAGUUAACGUCCAAGAGCAGAGAAUAUACGGGAUCGCGGCCAAGUUUGGGGGGAUGCCGGGUGGAGACAGUAACGGUGAACGAGGCUACAUUCUUACUUUUGUCAUCGCGUACAUUCGGGACAUCGCCCUGGAUUACAACAUUGUGGCCGAGUCCUUUGAAACUUCAGUCCCUUGGAGUCAUACGUUCAACUUGUGUGAAAAUGUGAAACUUCGCGUCAUCAAUGAAUGCAGAGCCCGUGGAAUCCGUCACCACUUCAUCACCUGUCGCGUCACCCAAACUUAUGACGUCGGAGCCUGCGUCUAUUUCUAUUUUGCCUUCAACUACGCCGGCAUGUCGGAUCCUGUCCGAGUCUUUGAAGAGAUUGAGACCACGGCUCGAGACGAAAUAUUGGCGAAUCGAGGAUCCAUCUCACAUCAUCACGGAAUUGGAAAACUUCGCGCAAAAUGGGUGCCUCACACCAUGUCGCAAACUGGAGUUGGAGCCUUGCUCCACAUCAAGAGAGCCGUCGAUCCGGACAAUAUUUUCGGAAAUGGGAAUAUCCUCUCUUCUCCGGAAACUAUGGUUCAACCUCAACAAAGUCAAGAAGAUUCUUUUAUGCACUCCAAGUUGUGAUUCAUUCAUUUAGGAAUGUUUCCACGAGUAGUUUGAAGAUUGUGAAUUUUAAGAAGUGUUACCAAUUAUCCAGAGACCACGCUUUACUACUGCAAUAAUAUUGUGAAUUAGCCAUGUCAUAAUUUUAAUUGUUUGUAUUUAAUUACCUACCUGUGAUUUUUCCAGUGUUUCUGCUCUGUUUUAUUAUGCAAUGUUUCACAGAUUUUUACCUUGUUUACUGUAAUUUACUAAUUUUAUAGUAUUAUGUAGUUCAUAAGCUCAUUUCUUGAAACAGAAUCCAGUCAAUUUUAAAUAUUACAAUUUUGCGAAGUGUUACCAAUUCUUUCUAAUUAUCCAGACCACAUUUUACUUCAAUAAUGUAAUGUAAAUUAACUAUGCCAUUCAUAAUUGUUAUUGUUUUUUUAAUUAGCUGUGAUUUUCCCCAGUGUUUCUUCUUUGUUUAACUACCUUUUCACAGAUUUUUACCUUAUGUAUAGUAUUCUAUGCCAUUUUAAUGUAUUAAUGUAUCUGUUCUUUUCUUGGAACAGAAUCCAGACAAUUUUUCAGGCUGCAAUUUUAAGAAAUUUUGCCAAUUCUUUUUAAUUAUCCAGACCACCUUUUACUACUGAAAUAAUGCUAAUUAUUCAUGUCACAAUUGUUAUUGUUUUCAUUAAUUAACUGUGAUUUUCCCAAUGUUUCUUCUCUAUUUUAAUUAGUAUGUACCUUUCCACACAUUUAUACCUUGUGUAUUGUAUGCAACUUUAGUGUAUUAGCUUAUCCGUUCCUGUGACAGAAUCCAGUCACUUUCACCUACUUUUACUAGUCGAGUCCAGCCAAAGUUCAGUAUGUAGUUGUUGUAUUUAUCGUGUCACAGUCACAAUUAGUCAAUGCGUAUGCAAAUAAGGUAUUAAGUAUUUAUAACUAUAUAUUUAGUAAGUAAAGCAACUUUAGUCAUAAUUUUUCAUGAACAAACAAGUCGUUUUAAUGACAAAGAAACGAACUUUCAUAGUCGUGUGUUCCAGUGUUUUAGCCAAAAAGACAGCUCACUUAUGCAAGCAAUAUAGUUAGUUAAUUAUUGUUAAGUAUUAUUUAACUAGUUUUAAAUAUUUUCAAAUUGUGGUAAAAGUAAAACUUUAGAUAUUUAAAUGUCCUAAAAAUAGUCUGUUUUUUUAACUGCCAGUGUAUUUUCCAAACCAAAGAUUUUAUCCAGAAAAUUAAGAAUUUCUUCUUCAAAAUAGCUUUAUUAUCACGUUUUUAUCAUUAAAUUAUUUAGUUACUUCUUGUCACUUGA